UACGAACUGCCCAUAAAAACCGACAAAAGAGAAGCAGCAGACUCCAUUUCCACCACGAGGCCCGGAUUCAGGCGCACAUCACGAAGAACAGCCUUUGCUACAGCACACGAGAAGCGUACAGCAGCAACAUGUCUGACGAGGGGAAACUGUUCGUCGGUGGACUUAGCUUCAACACAACGACGGAGACCCUUCAAGAUGCUUUCUCUCGGUAUGGGGCUAUCACAGACGUCCACGUUGCCAAAGAUCGGGAGACCGAUAGACCGCGUGGCUUUGGUUUUAUCACAUUCGACAAUCCGGAAGAUGCAAAAGACGCCUUGGAGGGGAUGGAUGGACAGUCUCUCGACGGCAGAACGAUCCGCGUGGAUAAGGCUGGGAGUAAGCCUGGCGGCCGUGGCGGCGGCGGCGGAUUCCGCGGGGGUCGUGGCAGAGGAGGAUAUGGAGGUGGAGGAGGAUAUGGAGGUGGCGGUGGAUAUGGAGGCGGUGAUCGCUACGGUGGAGGCGGUGAUCGCUACGGUGGCGGCGGCGGCGGUGAUCGCUACGGUGGCGGCGGAGAUCGUGGAUACGGUGGCGGCGGAGAUCGGUCCUACAGCAGAGGCGGUGGCGGCAGCUACUCCAGCCGGAGUGGGGGCUACUCAUCAGGAGGAAAUGGCGGUUACUGAGAUCGACACAUCACAAAGAUGCCCACCACGAGUAAACCCAAAUUGGUCAAGUUUUGUCUUGUUUUCUUGGCGAUUUGCAAACCGCGCAUUCCUAUGUUGAAUUUUACUUACUUACAAAACAGUUAGAACAAUUUAAAAGCAAAUCUGCCUCGUUGUUGGCAUAUUACACAUGAACACACAAAAAACCGAAUUCAUCUUAUUUGUUGAAUAUUUGCUUUGCCAUAUUGGAUGGUGACUUCCUGCUUUCUUUUGGACCUAACCAAUUCCAACAGUUUUUGUUCCGUUGUAGUGUUUUUGAAAGAACAGAAACGUGUCUGCCACACAGGCAUCCUUAAGACCAAACUAAAUUGUCAUUGUCUUAUUUUGGCUAAAACGCCGCAUUUAAUAGGGUCCAUGCAGUUUUUCAUGAAGCGCUUGCCAAACCAGAAAAGAAGUAUUUGUGUGAGGUGACGUAACAACGCGGGGUGGGGGAGGGGCACGAUCCAGUUUCCAAAGCAUGGCUUCCUUUCAGACUGGUGAACUGCCCUGCUACUACUGGACCAGAUUCGGCCCGCUACUGGCCCAGCCCCAGCUCAGCCCCUCCAGGGCUCACUACCCCCCUCUUCAGUCAUUCUGGGGUAUCUGAGACUCUUGCUCCUCCGAGCCUACAGUUUCUCUCGCUUUUUUUUUUUAUUUUGUAUUUUUUAUUUUAUUUUCCACAGUUAACUAUGGACUUGAAACAAACUGUUAGGCUAAAGGAAACAAGAACAGCAACAAACAUUCAAACGAAAAAAAGUAAUCACUGUCGGGGAGAACCUGUUCAAACCUGUUCACACGUGCUGAUAUCCUCCCUUCACAUAGAGGGGAGAGAACGUUACUCUGUGCCCUGCUCUCUCUCUGUACCAACUCUUAUUUGACAUUCCUCAGUUCUUUUGUUGUUGGUUCUUAUGUGUGUGUUUUUAUUUUUGGCUUCAUGAAGCCCAAUUAAACGAUGGAUUUGUUGGAAAAAACAAAA